UGGUAGUGGUGGUCGUGGUGGAAAGUAUAAAAGACGCAUGCAGUCGUAUGUCGGCAUCAUUCGACAACACCGACUCCUCGAGACAACAUGUCCAGAGCUGUGUUUGCAGUACUCAGUGUGCUCCUGCUGGUGGCCGCCGCCCUGGCCAGUGCCGAUCCUGAGCCUGGGUACCGUCGCAGCCACGGCGGCGGCUAUGGCGGCGGCCACGGCGGCGGCUAUGGCGGUGGCCACGGUGGCGGCUAUGGCGGUGGUGGCUAUGGAGGAUAUGGCGGUGGCCACGGCGGUGGAUAUGGCGGCGGCCGCGGUGGUGGCUAUGGCGGCGGAUACAGCGGCGGCGGUUAUGGCGGUGGAUAUGGAGGAGGUUAUGGUGGUGGAUAUGGCGGUGGAGGUCAUGGGGGGAGUUACGGAGGCUAUGGGUAUGGACGAUGCCUAAGUGGAGGCAAGGGCCACUAUCACUUAACAACACCGAUUCAACAACACAUCAUGUCUAAGACUGUGUUUCCAGUACUCGGUGUGUUCCUGUUGGUGGUCGCAGCUCUGGCCAGCGCCGAACCUGAGCCUGGAUACCGCCGCAGCCACGGCGGCGGCUAUGGUGGCGGUCACGGCGGCGGCUACGGCGGCGGUCACGGCGGCGGCUAUGGAGGCGGUCACGGCGGCGGCUAUGGCGGCGGUCACGGCGGCGGUCACGGUGGCGGCUAUGGCGGCGGUCACGGUGGCGGCUAUGGCAGUGGUCACAGUGGAGGAUACGGCAGCGGACACGGCGGAGGAUAUGGCAGCGGCCAUGGCGGCGGCUAUGGUGGCGGCCAUGGAGGCGGAUAUGGUGGUGGCCAUGGUGGUGGAUAUGGAGGUGGACAUGGCGGCGGACACAGCGGUGGUUAUGGUGGAUAUGGCGGUUAUGGCUAUGGGCGAUAAGAAAGAUUGUUGUUAAAUAGAAGGAAAUAUUGUACUUGUUGUAUUGUGCGGAGAGAUAAACAUAACGGAACCGUUCGGGAGCAGCGAAUAAAAUUAUCCUUUGUAAA